AUGGUCAUAGAUAAUCAAGAUAAUAUUUGUUCACGUUGUCAUACUCGAACAAAAUUUUUAGAAAUAUUUAAACAAUGUUUCUAUUGUUCAACAAAACAUUGUAAUCAAUGUUGGUUAGAAUUACAAAUAUCUGAUGAUUAUAAACUUUUAAUUGAUUUACUUCCAAAAAAAACUAAUACAAAUAUAAAACGAAUAUGUUCAACAUGUAUAAAAAUAUUACUUUCACAAACAUUAAAUCAUUCAACAAGAAAAAAACAAGAAAAUGAUAAUGAUGAUUAUCAAUUAGCUUUAGCUAUAUCAUUAUCACAAAAUGAAGCUGAUGAAAAAUUAAAACAGAAAAGAAAAUUUAAUGAAAAUAAAAGUAUUCAUAUUGACAAAAUAAAUCAAAUAGUCAAAAUAGAAUUCAAUGAUAAUCAUGAAAAUUUAUUAGAAAAAAUUACAGAAGCAAUUGAAAGAUUUAUGAAUAGAGCAAAAAGCAAUUAUCAACGUAAUCGUGAUGUCAUAGGAGAUACUGCACUACUUUCUGCAUUUAUAUCACUUCAAACAUGUGCAACUGAUCUUGAAAAAUUAAAACAUGAUCUAGAUGAUCAACGUCAACAUUUUGAAACACUUCAAGAAAAAUUAACCGCAUUACGUGAUGCUCGUGAAGCAUUAAAUAUGCUUCGUUAUGAGCAUCAUCAAAAAAAACGACAAGAACAAGAACGUCUAGAACAACAACGUCGUUUAUUAAUGAUACAAAAAGUUGCUGACCUUCGACAAUUUAAACAUACACAAAUAGCUAAUUUUCAAGAAAAUUAUUUUCAACAUUUACUUGAUGAAGAACAAAAAAUGAAAGAACAUUUAAAAAAACAAAAACUAUUCAAAGACGAACAAUUUAAUUUAUCUCAAUUACCCGAUCAUAUAAAAGAUUAUAUAUCGAAAUUACAAAAUGAGAAUAAUCAAUAUACAAAUGAAUUACAAUCCUUACAAACUCAAUUAAAUAAUUUAACAGCUGUUGUAGACUUUGCUGAUUCAACUAAAAUAGCUGAAAUAGCUGAUUUAAAACAAAGACAUCAACAAGAACUUGCAACAAUUAAUAUAUUGAUGGAAGAAACAGUUCGUGAUCGUGUUGAUGAUAUGCGAGAAAAAUAUGACAAUGAAUUAAAUAUAUUAAGACGUAAAUUUGAAUUAUUACAACAAGAAAAUUAUGAAUUAAGAUCAAAAGUUACCGAUGAAAAAGAUAGCGUAAUAGCAACAAUAUCAAGAUCAUUACGUGAUAAAUUAACAUUAAAUCAACCAUCAAUAGCACAAGAAAAUGAAAAUCUUGAAGAAGAUAUGAGAAAAGCACAAGAAAGUACAUUAAUGCUUAAAUCAGUUAUUAUUCCACUUGAAGCAGAAAUAGCUCAACUUAAAAGUUUAUUAAAUCAAGCAAAAGACAAAAUUACAGAACUUGAAGAAUUAGUAAGUGUAUUUUAA